UUUUUGCUGGGUUCAUGCAUAGACUGUGAAGAAGCAAAUCAUUUCUGUACUUAGUAUUAUUGAAUUCAAAGAAAAAUCAUUAUCUCCUCCAAACUUCCAUUUUACGAUCAUUUCAUCAGAUCUCGUGCUUUCCUGCCUUUGAUUCCUAUCAAGCUCUAAACUCGAGAUUGUUUUCAAUUGAUUUGUUUAUGAGUUUGGGAUGGGGGUUAUGGACAAUUUGCUGCAUAUGGACUCUGCAAGAGUGGUUUCAUUGAGUAAUGGUAGUCGUUCUGAGGACAGAUCAGGAAUAUUGCCAAUGGAAAAUGGUCAUUGUGCUUCUCUGCGUGAUUUACCCAAGUAUAAGCGGCGGAGAGUUUCUGCUAUUCGGGAUUUUCCUCCAGGUUGUGGACAGUUUGUCUCGCAGACAUCCAAUAGAGAUACUGUUGGCAUAGUUUGCACUGAUGCAGAUAAUCUUGUGCACCCAUCUAAUCAUUUGGAGAGGCCUGAAUUGGUGAGUGCUGAUCCUGAAGGAUCUCUGUUUCCAGAAUCUGAAAAUUUAAAACCGUUAGAAUGCAAAAUCUCUAGUGGGUCAAAGCAUUUGAAUGGGUCAGAUAUUGGUGCUGCGAAGAAAGAGAUGUCCCUGGAAAGUGGUGUGAACACAUUGUUGCCCCCUGACCUGCGAAUUACUGUUCCGGAUAUUAGUCAGGAGAAUUCAGUAACUAAAAAUUACCCAACUAGGAGAAGAGUUUCGGCGAUUAGAGACUUUCCUCCAUUUUGUGGGCCAAAUGCUCCACGUCUUGGUAAGGAAGAGUUCAGCGAAAUGUUUGCUUCUUUGAAGAGUUUGGAUGAAGAGAAUUCUGUUACUGAAGAAAGGUCUUUGAGAGUGACUAUGGAGACUGAUGUGAAACAAAUGGAGGAGGAUGGUAAUCAAUUGAUAGAGGAAGAUCCUGAUUAUUCAUUGGUUGAAUCGAAUUUGGCUAUUGUGCAUGGUCUCAUGGCAUCCCCAAAUUGUCCUUGGAGACAGGGGAAAGGGGCCUUCAAAUGUAAUCACGCUGAUGUUACUAGUGAAAGCGCUGUUGUUACUGGUGAAAGCAAAAGUAAGAAGCAUGAUAUGCUGCCAGUAAGUAAAUCUACUUUCAAGAGAAAGAAUGAGGCAGAGAGUUUGGAUGAAGAAAAUUUUGUUACUGAAGAAAGGUCUUUGAGAUUGAAUGUGGAGACUGAUGUGAAACAAAUGGAGGAGGAUGGUAAUCAAUUGAUAGAGGAAGAUCCUGAUUAUUCACUGGUUGCAUCGAAUUUGGUUAUUGUGCACGGUCUCAUGGCAUCCUCAAAUUGUCCUUGGAGACAGGGGAAAGGGGCCUUCAAAUGUAAUCGCGGCGAUGUUACUAGUGAAAAGGCUGUUAUUACCGGUGAAAGCAAAAGUAAGAAGCAGGAUAUGCUGUCAGUAUGUAAAUCUAUUUUCAAGAGAAAGAAUAAAGCAAAGAGCUCUAGGAGGCUACUCAGUAAGAAGAAUUUAUCACCAGCUGGAGAGGCAGAUCGAGCUAUGGUUCCAUUAGCAAUUUGGGAUGAGGAAGAUUCUCUUUUAAAUGGUGAGGAAAAUAAAAAAUUUCAGGUGGAUCAGAGAUCUCUUACUUUUGACGUGAACCUCCUUCCUUCAUGUCCAAGUAGUUCAAUGGGUAAAGGCGCUUACAAUGAUGUUACUGGCGCUCGAAACAAAGUGAGGGAAACAUUGCGCCUUUUCCAAGCUGUUUGUAGGAAGCUGUUGCAGGAAGAAGAAGCAAAGGCGAAUGGACAAAACAAUCGUAAGAGAAUUGAUUAUCUAGCAGCAAGAAUUCUAAAAAACAAAGGGAAAUAUGUCAAUGAGGGCAGUAAAAUCAUUGGGUCUGUUCCUGGAGUUGAAGUUGGUGAUGAGUUUCAUUAUAGGAUAGAGCUCAAUAUUAUUGGUCUUCAUCGCCCAAUUCAGGGUGGUAUUGAUUAUGUCAAGCAUAAAGGAAAGCAUCUUGCGACGAGUAUUGUAGCAUCUGGGGGUUACGAUGAUGACUUGGAUAACUCAGAUGUCCUGACUUACACAGGUCAAGGAGGGAAUGUGAUCAACGGAGGGAGAGAACCAGAAGAUCAGAAGCUUGAACGAGGGAAUCUUGCUUUGCUGACUAGCAAACAUGAACAGAAUCCUGUGAGAGUAAUCCGUGGUGAGACAAGGGCCUCUGAUUCAGUGAGGACAUACAUUUAUGAUGGGCUAUAUUUGGUGGAGAAAUCCUGGCAGGAUUUGGGCCCACAUGGUAAACUGGUUUUCAAGUUUAGGUUGGCUCGAAUUCCAGGUCAGCCAGAACUCGCCUGGAAGGUGGUAAAGAAAUGCAAAAAGUUUAAAGUACGCGAGGGUGUAUCUGUAACUGAUAUCUCUCAAGGACAGGAGUUGAUUCCCAUUUGUGCUGUGAACACCAUAGAUGAGGAGAAGCCUCCACCAUUUACAUACACUACUCAGAUCAUAUAUCCUGAUUGGUGCCACCCUGUUCCUUCAAAGGGCUGUGAUUGCACGACUAUAUGUUCAGAUUCGGGGAAAUGCUCUUGUGCGGCCAAAAAUGGCGGAGAGAUCCCCUACAACCACAAUGGUGCAAUUGUCGAAGUGAAGCCCCUUGUCUAUGAGUGUGGUCCUGCUUGCAAGUGUCCUCCUUCUUGCUAUAAUAGAGUCAGUCAGAAGGGUAUCAAAUUUCAGCUUGAAGUCUUUAAAACUGAAUCUAGGGGCUGGGGUGUGAGAUCCCUAAAUUCCAUUUCUUCAGGAAGUUUUAUCUGCGAGUAUGUAGGAGAGCUCCUUGAGGAGAAAGAAGCUGAAAAGAGAACUGGUAAUGAUGAGUAUCUGUUUGAUAUAGGGAACAAUAACAAUGAAAGUUCUCUUUGGGAUGGUCUUUCGACCCUCAUCCCUGAUACACAGUCAACUUCAUGUUGUGAAGUUGUGGAGGGUGGUGGGUUUACCAUUGAUGCAGCACAGUAUGGUAAUGUGGGAAGAUUCAUUAAUCAUAGUUGUUCUCCUAAUCUCUAUGCCCAAAAUGUCCUUUAUGACCACGAGGACAAAAGAAUGCCUCAUAUAAUGCUCUUUGCUGCUGAGAACAUUCCUCCCUUGCAAGAGCUUACUUAUCACUACAAUUAUGUCAUAGAUCAGGUUCAUGAUUCAGAUGGAAAUAUUAAGAAGAAGAGUUGCCAUUGUGGUUCUUCAGAAUGCACUGGUAGGUUGUAUUGACGCAGAUUAACCAUAGAAGUUUGGAAUUGCUGAGAAGUAGUAAUUCUUGUUUCCUCACAGCAACUUUCUUUGGACUCCUAACAUUUUCAGGUUCUAACUCCAGUCUGUGCGCGAAGAUGAGCAUGUAUGCUUAUGUGUAUGUGCAUACACAUCUGUUAAAAUGCAUUAUUAUAUCUUAUUUGUUUGUUAGAAGAUGACCCGUAUGUAUGAAGCUUGACUUGUUAUAUUAAUUGUUCCCUUUUAUGAUGUUUAAAUGAUUCCAUAUAUAUAUAU